UGGGCGCUCUGCCCUGCCGUCCUUCUGGCCACCAUGGGGCUGCCGCUGGCCCGCCUGGCGGCCCUCUGCCUGGCUCUGACCUGGGCCGGGGGCACGGAGCUCCAGAGAGAAGGCAGAACCCGGAACCACGGCCACAGCGUGUGCAGCACCUGGGGAGACUUCCACUACAAGACCUUCGACGGCGACGUCUUCCGCUUCCCCGGGCUGUGCGACUACAACUUCGCCUCGGACUGCCGCGACGCCUACAAGGAGUUCGCCGUGCACCUGAAACGCAGCCCCGGCCGCAGUGGGGGCCCGUCCCAGGUCGAGUACAUCCUGCUGACCGUCAAGGACGACACCAUCUACCUGACCCGCCAGCUCGCCGUGCUGAACGGGGCCAUGGUCAGCACUCCGCACUACAGCCCGGGGCUGCUCAUCCAGAAGACCGACACGUACACCAAGGUCUACUCCCGCGCUGGACUCACGCUCAUGUGGAACCGGGAGGACUCGGUCAUGCUCGAGCUGGACAGUAAGUUCCGGAACCACACGUGCGGCCUCUGCGGGGACUACAACGGCCUGCAGACCUACUCGGAGUUCCUCUCCGAGGGUGUACCCUUCAGCCCCGUCGAGUUUGGGAACAUGCAGAAGGUGAACAAGCCCGAGGUGGUGUGCGACGACCCCGAGGAGACGGUGGUCCCCGAGUCCUGCUCCGAGCACCGUGCCCAGUGCGAGCGGCUGCUGACGGCUUCGGCCUUCGCGAGCUGCCAGGGCCUGGUGCCCGUGGAGCUGUACGUGCAGGCGUGCACGCAGGACCGCUGCCAGUGCCCACAGAACGCCUCCUGCGUCUGCAGCACCAUCGCCGAGUUCUCCCGCCAGUGCUCCCAUGCCGGCGGGCGGCCGGAGAACUGGAGGACCAACGCGUUCUGCCCCAAGAGCUGCCCUGGGAACAUGGUCUACCUGGAGAGUGGCUCGCCCUGCAUGGACACCUGCUCACACCUGGAGGUCAGCAACCUUUGUGAAGAGCACCGCAUGGACGGCUGCUUCUGCCCAGAAGGCACUGUGUAUGAUGACAUCGCGGGCGGCGGCUGCAUCCCCGUGAGCCAGUGUGGCUGCAGGUUGCACGGACACCUGUACAAGCCCGGCCAGGAGACCACCAACAACUGCAAGCAGUGUGUCUGCAACACCGGCCGCUGGGUGUGCCAGGACCUGCAGUGCCCCGGGACCUGCAGCCUGGAGGGCGGUGCCCACAUCUCCACCUUCGACGGGAGGAAGUAUACCUUCCACGGGGACUGCUACUACGUGCUGACCAAGACCCAGAACGACUCCUACGCCCUCCUGAGCGAGCUGGCCCCCUGCGGCUCCACGGACAAGCAGACCUGCCUGAAGACGGUGGUGCUGCUGGCCGACAGCAAGAAGAACGUGGUGACCUUCAGGUCAGAUGGCAGCGUCCUGCUGAAUGAGCUGAAGGUGAAUCUGCCCCAUGUGACAGCGAGCUUCUCCAUCUUUCAACCGACCUCCUACCACCUCAUCGUGACCACCACCUUCGGCCUCAAGCUGCAGAUCCAGCUGGUGCCGGUCAUGCAACUCUUCCUGACGCUGGACCAGGCCGCCCAGGGCCGCGUGCAGGGCCUCUGCGGGAACUUCAACGGCCUCGAAGGGGACGACUUCAAGACGGCUGGAGGGCUGGUGGAGGCCACGGGCGCCGGCUUUGCCAACACCUGGAAGGUCCAGGCGAGCUGCCAGGACAAGCUGGACUGGCUGGACGACCCCUGCUCCCUCAACAUCGAGAGCGCCAACUACGCCGAGCACUGGUGCUCCCUGCUGAAGAAGACCGAGACCCCGUUCGAGAGGUGUCACUCCGCCGUGGACCCAGCCGAGUAUUACAAGAGGUGCAAGUAUGACACGUGCAACUGCCAGAACACGGAGGACUGCAUGUGCGCUGCCCUGUCCUCGUACGCCCGCGCCUGCGCCGCCAAGGGCGUCAUGCUGUGGGGCUGGCGGAAGCACGUCUGCAACAAGGACCUGAACUCCUGCCCCAAGUCACAGGUCUUCCUGUACAACCUGACCACCUGUCAGCAGACCUGCCGCUCACUGUCUGAGCCUGACACCCACUGCCUGCAGGGCUUCGCGCCCGUGGACGGCUGCGGCUGCCCUGACCACAUGUUCCUGGAUGAGAAGGGCCACUGCGUGACCCUGGCCAAGUGCUCCUGCUACUACCGCGGCCUCUACCUGGAGGCGGGGGAGGUGGUCCUGAGGCAGGAGGAGCGAUGCGUCUGCCGGAACGGGAGGCUGAGCUGCAUACAGGUCAAGCUGAUCGGCCAGGCCUGCGAGGCCCCGAAGAUCCACGUUGACUGCAGCAAUGUGACGGCGCUGGCCAUCCGGAACCCUAGGCCUGUCAGCUGCCAGACGCUGGCUGCCGGCUACUACCAGACAGAGUGCAUCAGUGGCUGCGUGUGCCCCGAGGGGCUGAUUGACGAUGGCCGGGGUGGCUGUGUGGUGGAGGAGGCGUGCCCGUGUGUGCACAACAACGACCUGUACUCACCUGGGGACAAGAUCACGGUAGACUGCAACACCUGCACCUGCCAGAAAGGGCGCUGGGCGUGCACCCAAUUGGUGUGCCAUGGCACCUGUACCAUCUACGGGAGCGGCCACUACAUCACCUUCGAUGGGAAGUACUAUGACUUCGAUGGACACUGCUCCUACGUGGCCGUGCAGGACUAUUGCGGCCAGAACACCUCCCUGGGUUCCUUCAGCAUCUUCACUGAGAAUGUGCCCUGCGGUACCACGGGGGUCACCUGCUCCAAGGCCAUCAAGAUCUUCAUUGGGAGGACGGUGCUGAAGCUGGAGGACAAACACUGCAUGGUGAUCCAGCGUGAUGUGGGCGACCACGUGGCCUACUUCAUGCGGGAUGUGGGCCAGUACCUGGUGGUGGAGGCCAGCAUCGGGGUCAUCGUCAUCUGGGACAGGAAGACCACGAUCUUCAUCAAGCUGACCCCCUCCUACCAGGGCACGGUGUGUGGCCUGUGUGGGAACUUCGACCAGCGGUCCAACAACGACUUCACCACGCGGGACAGCAUGGUGGUGGACAGCGAGCUGGACUUCGGGAACAGCUGGAAGGAGGCCUCCACCUGUCCGGACGUGACGACCACCCCGGAGCCUUGCGCCGUGAACCUGCACCGCCGCUCCUGGUCGGAGAAGCAGUGCAGCAUCAUCAAAAGCCGGGUUUUCCAGCUCUGCCACAGCAAGGUGGACCCCAUGCCCUUCUACGAGGCCUGCGUCCAAGACUCGUGCUCCUGCGACACUGGCGGGGACUGUGAGUGCUUCUGCUCCGCCGUGGCCUCCUACGCCCAGCAGUGCACCAAGGAGGGCGCCUGCGUGUACUGGAGGACACCCGACCUGUGCCCCAUAUUCUGCGACUACUACAACCCCCCGAAUGAGUGUGAGUGGCACUACGAGCCUUGCGGGAACCGCAGCUUCGAGACCUGUCGGAGCGUCAACGGCAUCCACUCCAACAUCUCCGUGUCCUACCUGGAGGGCUGCUACCCCCGGUGCCCAAAGCACAGCCCCAUCUACGACGAGGAGCUGAAGGCGUGUGUCACCAGGGAUCAAUGCGGCUGCUACAUCAACAACACUCGCUACACACCAGGAACGUCCGUCCCCACAGGGCACAUCUGCCACUCUUGCAUGUGUACCGACUCCUCGACAGUUGUCUGCUGGGUUGAUGAAGGGAGGAUUGUCAACAUCACCCAGGACGGCUCCUUCUGCUACUGGGAAUUCUGUGGCCCCAACGGGACGGUGCAGCAACACUUCAACGUCUGUGUGUCCACCUCAGCACCCCCAACCCCCAUUCCGACAACCCCCGCCACCACCACCUCCACCAGCACCAGCAUCACUCCGACCCCCAGCACAGCGCCACCUUCCUCAUCACCCACCACCGUUAACUGCUGCUCCUGGUCCGACUGGAUCAACAAUGACCAUCCCAGAGCUGACAGUGAUGGCGGGGACCGAGAGACGUUUGAUGGUGUCUGCAGGGCCCCCCAGGACAUCGAGUGCAGGGCAGCCAUGGAGCCCCUGCUCAGCUGGGAGACGCUGGGCCAGAAGGCUCGGUGCGAUGUCUCUGUCGGGUUCAUUUGCAAGAAUGAAGACCAGUUUGGAAACGGACCUUUUGGGGUCUGCUACGACUACGAGAUACGAGUCUAUUGCUGCCAGGAGAAGGAUGACUGUCCUACCUCAACCCCAACCACCACCCUGCCAACCACCACCCCAACCACCACCCCACCGACCACCACCCCAACCACCACCGAAACCACUCCACCAACUCCCACAACCACCCUGCUGACCACCACCCCGACCACCACCCCACUGACCACUCCACCAACCCCCAUCCCGCAGAGCACCACACUGGCCACCACUCCACCGACCACCACCCCACUGACCACCACCCCAACCACCCCACCAACCACCAUCCCGCCGACCAUCGAACCAACCACUACUCUGCCAACCACCACCCCACUGACCACCACCACCACCUCCACCCCACCAGCCACCACCUCACCAACCACUGUCCCAACUGGAACCACUACAAUCACCACAGUGACACCAACCUCUUCGUGUUUGCCAGACUGCAGAUGGACUGGCUGGCUGGAUUCUGGUAAACCGAACGAUACCAAAGCAGAUGGAGACGUUGAAUCCCUUGAGAACAUCUGUGCGAGGGGCUGGGUAGCCAACAUCUCUUGCAGAGCCGCUGACUAUCCUGAGGUUCCCCUCCAAGAGCUUGAGCAAACUGUGGUGUGUGACACCUCUAUUGGGCUUGUGUGCAAAAACCAGGACCAGAAGCCAGUGGGAGCCACUCCCACGUCUGCCUGCCUCAACUAUGAGAUCGACGUCUACUGCUGUUUUGUUCCAUCUAUCUGUUUCACCACACCUUCGACCACCACUACGGAGACCCCAGGCUCAUCAUCUACCACCCCUUCAUCAGAGACACCAGGUCCUACCACUACAGAGACCCCAGCUACAACACCCUCCACAGCUUCAACUGGGACUCCGAUGCCACCCUCUAGCACCACCUCAAGAGAGACAGCAACCACUGCACCAACAACCACAGUGACCCCAAGACCGCCAUCUACCACUACUACAACAGAGACUCCAACCCCAACACCCACCACCACAGAGACCACCACCCCCACCACUACCACAGAGACCACCACCCCCAUCACUACCACAGGGACCACUACCCCCAUCACUACCACAGAGACCACCACACCCACCACUACCACAGAGACCACCACCCCCAUCACUACCACAGGGACCACUACCCCCACCACUACGACAGAGACCACCACCCCCACCACUACCACAGAGACCACCACCCCCACCACUACCACAGAGACCACCACACCCACCACUACCACAGAGACUACCACCCCCACCACUACGACAGAGACCACCACUCCCACCACUGCAACAACCACAGUGACUCCAACCCCAACACCCACUACGACAGAGACCACCACCCCCACCACCACCACAACCACAGGGACCCCAACCCCAACACCCACCACCACAGUGACCCCGAGCCCACCAUCUCCUACCACAACAACCACCACUGUCUUUCCAAGCACCCCCACAUCCACAGUGACAACCCCCAGUAUAACAGCCACACCUACACGGGAAACCACUACCACCCCAGCCACAACCACAUCUACCCUAGAAGGGACCACCACAGUGACACCAACCUCUCCAUGUUUGCCAGACUGCAGAUGGACUGGCUGGCUGGAUUCUGGUAAACCAAAUUAUACCAAAGCAGGUGGAGACAUUGAAUCCCUUGAGAACAUCUGUGCGAGGGGCUGGGUAGCCAACAUCUCCUGCAGAGCAGCCAUGUUUCCCAACAUCCCCCUCCAAGAGCUUGAACAAACUGUGUUGUGUGACAUCUCUGUUGGGCUUGUGUGCAAAAACCAGGACCAGAAGUCAGGGGGAGCUACCCCCAUGUCUUACUGCCUCAACUAUGAAAUUAACGUCUACUGCUGUUUUCCUAAUGUUAAACCUCACUGUGUAUCCACACCUUCGACCACCACUACAGAGACCCUAGGCUCAUCAUCUGCCACCCCUUCAUCAGAGACUCCAGGUCCUACCACUACAGAGACCCCAGCUACAACACCCUCCACGGCUUCAAUUGGGACUCCGAUGCCAAUCUCUAGCACCACCUCAAGAGAGACAAGAACCACCACACCAACAACCACGGUGACCCCAAGCCCGCCAUCUACCACUACUACAACAGAGACUCCAACCCCAACACCCACCACCACAGAGACCACCACCCCCACCACUACGACAGAGACCACCACCCCCACCACUACCACAACCACAGAGACCCCAACCCCAACACCCAGCACCUCAGAGACCACCACCCCCACCACUACCACAGAGACCACCACCCACCCCACUACCACAACCACAGAGAUGCCAAGGCCUCCAUCUACCACCACCACCACAGAGAUCCCAACUCCAACACCCACCACCACAGUGACCCUGAGCCCACCAUCUACCACCACCACAACCACCACUGUCUUUCCAAGCACCCCCACCACAUUGCCAUCCACAGUGACAACCCCCAGUAUAACAGCCACGCCUGCACGGGAAACCACUACCACCCCAGCCACAUCCACGUCUACCACAGAAGGGACCACCACAGUGACACCAACCUCUCCGUGUUUGCCAGACUGCAGAUGGACUGGCUGGCUGGAUUCUGGUAAACCGAAUGAUACUAAAGCAGAUGGAGAUGUUGAAUCCCUUGAGAACAUCUGUGCGAGGGGCUGGGUAGCCAACAUCUCCUGCAGAGCGGCUGACUAUCCUAAAGUUCCCCUGCAAGAGCUUGAACAAACUGUGGUGUGUGACACCUCUGUUGGGCUUGUGUGCAAAAACCAGGACCAGAAGUCAGGGGGAGCCACCCCAACACCUGCCUGCCUCAACUAUGAGAUUGACGUCUACUGCUGUUUUGUUCCACCUUUCUGUGUCACCACACCUUUGACCACCACUGCGGAGACCCCAGGCUCAUCAUCUACCACCCCUUCAUCAGAGACCUCAGGUCCUACCACUACAGAGAUCCCAGCUACAACACCCUCCAUGGUUUCAACUGGGACUCCGAUGCCAACCUCAAGCACCACCUCAAGAGAGACAAGAACCACCACACCAACAACCACGGUGACCCCAAGCCCGCCAUCUACCACUACUACAACAGAGACUCCAACCCCAACACCCACCACCACAGAGACCACCACCCCCACCACUACUACAGAGACCACCACCCCCAUCACUACCACAACCACAGUGACCCCAACCCCAACUCCCAGCACCUCAGAGACCACCACCCCCACCACUACCACAGAGACCACCACCCCCAUCACUACCACAGAGACCACCACCCCCACCAUUGCCACAGGGACCACCACCCCCACCACUACCACAGAGACCACCACCCCCAUCACUACCACAGAGACCACCACCCCCCCCAAUACCACAACCACAGUGACCCCAACCCCAACACCCAGCACCUCAGAGACCACCACCCCCACCACUACCACAGAGACCACCACCCCCAUCACUACCACAGGGACCACUACCCCCAUCACUACCACAGAGACCACCACCCCCAGCACUGCCACAACCACAGUGACCCCAACCCCAACACCCAGCACCUCAGAGACCACCACCCCCACCACUACCACAGAGACCACCACCCCCAUCACUACCACAGGGACCACUACCCCCAUCACUACCACAGAGACCACCACCCCCAGCACUGCCACAACCACAGUGACCCCAACCCCAACACCCAGCACCUCAGAGACCACCACCCCCAUCACUACCACAGAGACCACCACCACCACCACUACCACAGGGACCACCACCCCAAUCACUACCACAGGGACCACUACCCCCAUCACUACCACAACCACAGUGACCCCAACCCCAACACCCAGCACCUCAGAGACCACCACCCCCAUCACUACCACAGGGACCACCACCCCCAUCACUACCACAGGGACCACCACCCCCACCACUACCACAGAGACCACCACCCCCACCACUACCACAGAGACCACCACCCCCAUCACUACCACAGAGACCACCACCCCCACCACUACCACAGGGACCACCACCCCCAUCACUACCACAACCACAGUGACCCCAACCCCAACACCCAGCACCUCAGAGACCACCACCCCCAUCACUACCACAGAGACCACCACCCCCAGCACCGCCACAACCACAGUGACCCCAACCCCAACACCCAGCACAUCAGAGACCACCACCCCCAUCACUACAACAGAGACCACCACCCCCAUCACUACCACAGAGACCACCACCCCCACCACUACCACAGGGACCACCACCCCCAUCACUACCACAACCACAGUGACCCCAACCCCAACACCCAGCACCUCAGAGACCACCACCCCCAUCACUACCACAACCACAGUGACCCCAACCCCAACACCCAGCACCUCAGAGACCACCACCCCCAUCACUACCACAGAGACCACCACCCCCAGCACUGCCACAACCACAGUGACCCCAACCCCAACACCCAGCACCUCAGAGACCACCACCCCCACCACUACCACAGAGACCACCACCCCCAGCACUGCCACAACCACAGUGACCCCAACCCCAACACCCAGCACCUCAGAGACCACCACCCCCAUCACUACAACAGAGACCACCACCCCCAUCACUACCACAGAGACCACCACCCCCAUCACUACCACAGGGACCACUACCCCCAGCACUGCCACAACCACAGUGACCCCAACCCCAACACCCAGCACCUCAGAGACCACCACCCCCAUCACUACCACAGAGACCACCACCCCCAUCACUACAACAGAGGCCACCAUCCCCAUCACUACCACAGGGACCACCACCCCCACCACUACCACAGAGACCACCACCCCCAUCACUACCACAGGGACCACCACCCCAAUCACUACCACAGGGACCACUACCCCCAUCACUACCACAACCACAGUGACCCCAACUCCAACACCCAGCACCUCAGAGACCACCACCCCCAUCACUACCACAGGGACCACCACCCCCAUCACUACCACAGGGACCACCAUGCCCACCACUACCACAGAGACCCCCACCCCCACCACUACCACAGGGACCACCACCCCCAUCACUACCACAGAGACCACCACCCCCACCACUACCACAGGGACCACCACCCCCAUCACUACCACAACCACAGUGACCCCAACCCCAACACCCAGCACCUCAGAGACCACCACCCCCAUCACUACCACAACCACAGUGACCCCAACCCCAACACCCAGCACCUCAGAGACCACCACCCCCAUCACUACCACAGAGACCACCACCCCCAGCACUGCCACAACCACAGUGACCCCAUCCCCAACACCCAGCACCUCAGAGACCACCACCCCCAUCACUACCACAGAGACCACCACCCCCAUCACUACCACAGAGACCACCACCCCCAUCACUACCACAGGGACCACCACCCCCAUCACUACCACAGGGACCACCACGCCCACCACUACCACAGAGACCACCACCCCCACCACUACCACAGGGACCACCACCCCCAUCACUACCACAGAGACCACCACCCCCACCACUACCACAGGGACCACCACCCCCAUCACUACCACAACCACAGUGACCCCAACUCCAACACCCAGCACCUCAGAGACCACCACCCCCAUCACUACCACAACCACAGUGACCCCAACUCCAACACCCAGCACCUCAGAGACCACCACCCCCAUCACUACCACAGAGACCACCACCCCCAGCACUGCCACAACCACAGUGACCCCAACCCCAACACCCAGCACCUCAGAGACCACCACCCGCAUCACUACCACAGAGACCACCACCCCCAUCACUACCACAGAGACCACCACCCCCAUCACUACAACAGAGGCCACCAUCCCCAUCACUACCACAGGGACCACCACCCCCACCACUACCACAGAGACCACCACCCCCAUCACUACCACAGGGACCACCACCCCAAUCACUACCACAGGGACCACCACCCCCAUCACUACCACAACCACAGUGACCCCAACCCCAACACCCAGCACCUCAGAGACCACCACCCCCAUCACUACCACAACCACAGUGACCCCAACCCCAACACCCAGCACCUCAGAGACCACCACCCCCAUCACUACCACAGAGACCACCACCCCCAGCACUGCCACAACCACAGUGACCCCAUCCCCAACACCCAGCACCUCAGAGACCACCACCCCCAUCACUACCACAGAGACCACCACCCCCACCACUACCACCACCACAGAGACCCCAACUGCAACACCCACCACCACAGAGACCACAACUCCCACAACCACAGAGACCACCACCCCCACCACUACCACAGAGACCCCCACCCCCAGCACUGCCACAGGGACCACCACCCCAAUCACUACCACAGGGACCACCACCCCAAUCACUACCACAGGGACCACUACCCCCAUCACUACCACAACCACAGUGACCCCAACCCCAACACCCAGCACCUCAGAGACCACCACCCCCAUCACUACCACAGGGACCACCACCCCCAUCACUACCACAGGGACCACCACGCCCACCACUACCACAGAGACCACCACCCCCAUCACUACCACAGGGACCACCACCUCCAUCACUACCACAGGGACCACCACGCCCACCACUACCACAGAGACCACCACCCCCAUCACUACCACAGAGACCACCACCCCCACCACUACCACCACCACAGAGACCCCAACUGCAACACCCACCACCACAGAGACCACAACUCCCACAACUCCCACAACCACAGAGACCACCACCCCCACCACUACCACAGAGACCACCACCCCCAGCACUGCCACAGGGACCACCACCCCAAUCACUACCACAGGGACCACCACCCCAAUCACUACCACAGGGACCACUACCCCCAUCACUACCACAACCACAGUGACCCCAUCCCCAACACCCAGCACCUCAGAGACCACCACCCCCAUCACUACCACAGAGACCACCACCCCCACCACUACCACAGGGACCACCACCCCAAUCACUACCACAGGGACCACUACCCCCAUCACUACCACAACCACAGUGACCCCAACCCCAACACCCAGCACCUCAGAGACCACCACCCCCAUCACUACCACAGGGACCACCACCCCCAUCACUACCACAGGGACCACCACGCCCACCACUACCACAGAGACCACCACCCCCAUCACUACCACAGAGACCGCCACCCCCACCACUACCACAGGGACCACCACCCCCAUCACUACCACAACCACAGUGACCCCAACCCCAACACCCAGCACCUCAGAGACCACCACCCCCAUCACUACCACAACCACAGUGACCCCAACCCCAACACCCAGCACCUCAGAGACCACCACCCCCACCACUACCACAACCACAGUGACCCCAACCCCAACACCCAGCACCUCAGAGACCACCACCCCCAUCACUACCACAACCACAGUGACCCCAACCCCAACACCCAGCACCUCAGAGACCACAACUCCCACCACUACCACAACCACAGAGACCCCAAGGCCUCCAUCUACCACUACCACCACAGAGACCCCAACUGCAACACCCACCACCUCAGAGACCACAACCCCUACCACCACCACAACCACGGGGACCCCAACCCCAACACCUACUACCACAGUGAAACCAGGUCCGCCACCUACCACCACCACAACCACAGAGACCCCAACUCCAACACCCACCACCUCAGAGACCACAACUCCCACCACUACCACAGCCACAGAGACCCCAAGACCUUCAUCUACCACAACCACCACAGAGACCCCAACUCCCACCACUACCACAACCCCAGGGACGCCAAGGCCUCCAUCUACCACCACCACCACAGAGACCCCAAGUCCAUCAUCCACUGUCACAGAGACUUCAGCUCCUACCACCAGCACGAGUACAGUGACCCCGAGCCCACCAUCUACACCCACCACAACUACCACCGUCUUUCCAAGCACCCCGACCACAUUGCCAUCCACAGCGACAAUCCCCAGUAUAACAGCCACGCCUGCACGGGAAACCACUACCACCCCAGCCACAUCCACGUCUACCACAGAAGGGACCACCACAGUGACACCAACCUCUCCGUGUUUGCCAGACUGCAGAUGGACUGGCUGGCUGGAUUCUGGUAAACCGAAUGAUACCAAAGCAGAUGGAGAUGUUGAAUCCCUUGAGAACAUCUGUGCGAGGGGCUGGGUAGCCAACAUCUCCUGCAGAGCGGCUGACUAUCCUAAGGUUCCCCUGCAAGAGCUUGAACAAACUGUGGUGUGUGAUACCUCUGUUGGGCUUGUGUGCAAAAACCAGGACCAGAAGUCAGGGGGAGCCACCUCCACGCCUGCCUGCCUCAACUAUGAGAUUGACGUCUACUGCUGUUUUGUUCCACAUUUCUGUGUCACCACACCUUCGACCAGCACCAUGGAGACCCAAACCACGACGCCCACUGUGACAGUGACCCCAAGCCAGCCAUCUACCACUACGUCAACAGAGACUCCAACCACAAUUCCCACUAUCACUUCAACUGGGAUUCCAACUCCGGCCUCCACCACUACCACAACAGAGACCUCACCUCCAACACCCACCACCUCAGAGACCACGACUCCCACCACUACCACAACCACAGAGACCUCAAGGCCUCCAUCUACCACCACCACCACAGAGACCCCAACUCCAACACCCACCACCUCAGAGACCACAACUCCCACCACUACCACAACCACGGGGACCCCAACCCCAACACCUACUACCCCAGUGAUACCAGGUCAGCCAUCUACCACCACCACCACCACAGAGACCCCAACUCCAACACCCACCACCUCAGAGACCACAACUCCCACCACUGCCACAACCACAGAGACCCCAAGUCCCACCACUACCACAACCCCAGGGACGCCAAGGCCUCCAUCUACCACCAUCACCACGGAGACCCCAAGUCCGACACCCAGCACCUCAGAGACCACCACCCCCGCCACUACCACAACCACAGAGACCCCAGCUCCAACACCCACCAGGACAGUGACGCCAGUCUGGCCGUCUACCACCACCACAGCUGUGGAGACCUCUAGUGCACCACUGACCCCAACGCUGACAGUGCCGACAGUCACUCCUGUGGGAGGCACCACCCUUCAAGGCUCGCCGACCCCAGGUCCCACCUCCUCGAAGACCACCCCCACCCCUGGAUCCACGACGGGGCUGCCUUUACCCAGCACAGGCCCUACCUCCAGCCCCACUGCCCCGCCUGCGUCAGCCACCUCCACAGGCGCUCCCACAUCAACAGGACGCCCGUCGACCACGCCAGAGUCCACCAGCACCUGGACCUCCAGUGUGUCCACCUCCACUGUGACCCCAGCAACCUCCCCCCACAUUACCACGAGCACUGGCGGGGUCACCUCCAUUACUGAAUGCUGCUUUUUGAAUGGGACCUACUAUGCCCCAGGCGAGCUGGUGUACAACGGCACGCAUGGAGACACCUGCUACUACGUGAACUGCUCGCUGAAAUGCGAGCUUGAGUUCUUCAACUGGUCAUGCCCGUCCACAUCCUCCCCAACACCCAGCCCAUCCACGACUACCACCUACGAAUCCAGUACAUCCAACCCAGUGGUCCCCGGGUGCCCGGACUUGGAUCCUCCCAGGGAGGAGAACGAGAGCUGGUGGAUGUGUAACUGCACCAAGGCCACCUGCAAGUACAACAACAUCGUGGAGCUCGUGAAGGUGAAGUGCGAGCCCCCGCCCAUGCCCACCUGCUCCAACGGCCUCACGCCCGUGCGUGUCGAGGACCCCGACAAGUGCUGCUGGCACUGGGAGUGCGACUGCUACUGCACGGGCUGGGGGGACCCGCACUACGUCACCUUCGACGGGUUCUACUACAGCUACCAGGGCAAUUGCACGUAUGUGCUGGUGGAGGAGAUCAGCCCCAAGGUGGACAACUUUGGGAUCUACGUCGACAACUACCACUGUGACGUCAACGAUGAAGUGUCCUGCCCCCGCACGCUCAUCGUGCGCCACGAGACCCAGGAGGUGCUGAUCAAGACCGUGCAGAUGAUGCCCAUCAGGGUGCAGGUGCAGGUCAACAGGCAGGCCGUGGCGCUGCCCUACACCAAGUUCGGGCUGCAGGUGUAUGAGUCGGGCAUCAACUACAUGGUGGACAUCCCCGAGCUGGGCGCCCUCGUCUCCUACAACGGCCUCUCCUUCUCCAUCCGGCUGCCCUACCGCCUGUUCGGCAACAACACGAAGGGCCAGUGUGGCACGUGCACCAACAACACCUUGGAUGACUGUGUGCUGCCCAGUGGGGAGAGCAUUGAUAGCUGUGAGAUCGCAGCUGACUACUGGGUGGUGAACGACCCCUCCAAGCCACGCUGUCCCCACACCAGCUUCACCACCAGGCGCCCGGCCACCUCGCCUUCAGCGGGCACCAGCAGCUCCUCCACGAAGAGCUGUGCAUCUCCGCUCUGUGAGCUCAUCAUGGACAGCUUGUUCGCCCAGUGCCACGCCCUGGCGCCCCCCCAGCACUACUAUGAAGCCUGCCUGUUCGACAGCUGCUACGUGCCUGGCUCGAACCUGGAGUGUGCCAGCCUGCAGACCUACGCGGCCCUAUGUGCCCAGGAGGGCAUCUGCGUGGACUGGCGGAACCACACCGGCGGGGCCUGCCCGGUGACGUGCCCCGCCCACCGUGAGUACCGGGCCUGCGGCCCCGUGGAGGAGCCCACCUGUAAGUCCAGCCCCUCCCAGCCGAACAGCACACGCCUGGUGGAAGGCUGCUUCUGUCCCGAGGGCACCACCAGCUUCGCGCCCGGCUUCGACGUCUGCGUGGACCUGUGCGGCUGCGUGGGGCCCGACAACGUGCCCAGAGAGUAUGGGGAACACUUCGAGUUCGACUGCAAGGACUGCAUUUGCCUGGAGGGCGGGAGCGGCAUCAUCUGCAAGCCCAAGACAUGCCGGCCGGAGCCCCGGCUGGAGUGCGAGGAGGACGGCACCUACCCGUUCACGGAGGUGGACCCCACCAACACCUGCUGCAACCUCACCUCCUGCAAGUGCAACACCAGCCUGUGCAGGGAGAAGCCCCCGCUGUGCUCACUGGGCUUCCAGGUGAAGAGCGAGAUGGUGCCUUGGAGGUGCUGCCCUCUGUACUCAUGUGUACCCAAGGGCGUGUGUGUGCUGGAGCAUGCUGAGUACCAGCCCGGCUCUCCAGUCUAUUCAUCCAAGUGCCAGAACUGCGUCUGCACCGACCGCAGGGACAAUGCCACGCAGCUCAACGUCAUCACCUGCAGCCACGUGCCCUGUAACACCACCUGCAGCCCCGGCUUUGAGCUGGUGGACGCCCCCGGGGAGUGCUGCAAGAAGUGUGAGCAGACCCACUGCAUCAUCAACCGGCCCGGCCAGCAGAGCCUGGUCCUGAAGCCCGGAGACAUGAAGAGUGACUCCCUGAACAACUGUACCUUCUUCAGCUGCGUGAAGAUACACAACCAGCUCAUCUCCUCCGUCUCCAACAUCACCUGCCCCGACUUUGACCCCAGCACCUGCGUCCAGGGCUCCAUCACGCUCAUGCCCAACGGCUGCUGCAGGAAAUGCGUCCUUCGCAAUGAGACCGGAGUCCCCUGCGCUACCGUCCCUGUCGUGAGGGAGAUUUCGCACAAUGGCUGCACCACAUUGGUCCCCAUGAACGACUGCUCUGGGUCCUGUGGGACCUUCGCCAUGUACUCGGCCGAGGCCCAGGCCCUGGACCACAGGUGCUCCUGCUGCAAGGAGCAGCGUACCAGCCAGCGUGAGGUGACGCUGCGGUGCCCGGACGGGGGCACGCUCCGCCACACCUACACCCACAUCGACAGCUGCCUGUGCCAGGACACCCUGUGCGAGCCGCCCGCCCAGCGCAGGGCCCGGCGCUCCUCGCCCCUCGGGGUGGCCCCUGGGCGGGGGUGAGGGGCAGGCCCGGCCCCCACCGUCCCGCGUCCCGUUCCCGCUGACCCCUCAGCUGCCUCGCCUCCUGGGCUGACUUUCUCUCUGCGGAUAUUUAUUUUCUGAGCCUUUGUUCGAUUCUUUGCU